CUCCAUUAGAGUUAAACCAACCCACUCCCUCAACCCCUUUUUGACUAUGCUUUUAAUUCCACAACUACCAACCCUAAGUUAAGGAACCCUAAUUUGAUUAACAAUAAUAAUGAGCAUUCCUAAGCAUGCCUCUUCUUUUAUUUUAUUAAUCCAAGGAGAGAUCGCCGUUGCUUAAACGUCAAACUCUUAAAAUGAGUAGCUUGUUUCGUUAGUAAAUGCACACUUUCCUUAAUUCCUGGUAAUCAAAUUAUAAUCACUCUCUUAAUUAAUUUAAAAUUUCAAGACCCAACUAUAAAUAAGCUUCUUGGUUACUUCUCAAAGGCAUAUCCUAGUGUUGUGAAUAUUGGAUUCGAGGGAGAAGAAAUGGGUGCAUCUAAACCGAGCUUUGUAGCGGUAGCUUUGUGGGUAUUGUUAGGUUCCUUGCUCUAUGGAGCAGGUGCAUCCGAAGGGUCACUGUUCUAUGGAGCAGAUGCAUCCAACAUCACUGUGGUGGGAGGGGACCAAGGGUGGACUUUUGGCUUCAAUUAUACAGACUGGGCUCUUAAGUCUGGUCCUUUCUACUUGGGUGACACUCUAGUUUUUAAAUAUGAUCCCCCCAAUGGCACCAAUCACCCACACAGUGUUUACUUGCUGAGGGACUUGAACAGUUUCCAGUCCUGUGACCUCAAGAGGGCAUUGUUGGUGGGCAAUGUAAUGCAAGGAGGAGGAAAGGGCUUCUACUUUACUCUAGGCCUGAGGACCACUCAUUACUUUGUGUGUGGUGAAAAGCAAGGCUUCCACUGCAACCAAGGCCUCAUGAAGUUCUCUAUCAAACCCUUAAAACGCCCAUGUCACCAUUGAUUUCCCCUCCCUCUGUGCCCCGGGGAAGAUGCAGUGCAUAUCUUAUCUUUUUUUUUUUUUUUGAAGUGUUAAUGGUAGGAAUAAAACUUAAAACGUUAUGUUGAGGCACCAUACCCUUUAGUUAUCCAUGUCCCCACUCCAUUCCCAUGCAGUGCGCAUCCAUGUGUGAUUGACUAUCUUUGUGUUUUCGAGUUUUCCUCUUUCCAAAUGGUGUGCUUCUUUGGCAAACUUAGUAGUUUAUAGAGUAAUGGGGAGUUGUUAGUUCUUUAUAAUUUUGGAAUUAUGAGCAGGGCUUUUGAGGUAUUCAUACAGGUAUGGUUAUGUACUUUUUGAACUCAUCCAUGGAGAUUAUAUAUGUAUUU